UCAAAUCUCCCGUGUGAUGUACACCAUGAUUUUCUGAGCAUGACCUUGGUUCGACUAAACAUGUUUGAGCAGGAUGGCUAACGAGCAAGCAAAGCAAAUUCCGUUUUCUUUCUUUGUUUCUUUGCUGCACCAAAUUGCCGAUGUUCCAGUAUAUAUUACAUUGUCCCGGGUCAACAAAAACACUCCUGCUUGCCGUUCUCCCUCCGGAAUUCUUGCAAAAUGGGUCGAAAACCUUCAGAAUAACUAUUCACCCUUACCUCGGGAUACUACUACACACGUUCUCCGUCUUCUAUUUCCUGAAGAGGACUCACACAGAAAGUAUGACCUACAAGAAGCAAGGCUUUCACAGCUCCUUCCAGACUGCCUAGAUACUUCUACCUUUCCGCCUAUCUCUACUGCCCGUUUAAAACAGUGGAGUAAGCAACAGAACUCAGGAUGCCUCGGCCAGGAAAUUUUUGCUUUACGAUCACCAAAUGCUGAGUCAUUCAUUGGGCCAAAGAGUCUCCAGGAUAUCAACGUAUUGUUGGACGAGUUGGCAUCUACCUCCGCGUUUUCUGAUAAGACUCUCCACGCGGUCCAUUCGCUGUCGCCACCUCGGUCUAAAUCUGCUAUUUUGCGGUCUUUAUUUGAAUCUCUUUCUGCCCUCGAUGCUGCAUACCUCACGCAGAUCAUUCUGAAAGAUCUAAGACCCAUCCUAUACGCUCCCCCUGUUGCAUCCACCAGCCGCGCUCUUCUUGACUACAACACUAAUAGCAAGUCGGCGUUGACAAAGGAGCAGUUCAUGAAGACUUGGGACCCAAGUGGCUCCAUGUUGAAGAUGUACAAAAAGCGUGCUAACAUAACUGAAGCUGCCCUAUGCUUUGAAGCUGGAGGUGCGAUUUCACACCCGAGGCCGCGCUGGGGUGUCCCCGUUGAGAUACCGAAAUCUGCCAAGGGCCGGAGCCCGAUGCAUGCACUCAAUGUUCUCGAGCCAAGUGACGCUAUCUGGGCGGAAACCAAGUAUGAUGGCGAGCGUGCACAAAUUCAUGUAAGAUUUGGUGGCCAAAGUGAUCCACAAAUCACGAUUUUCAGUAAGAGCAAGAGGGACUCUACGCUGGACCGCAUUGCAGUACACCCUAUCAUCAUACAGGCUCUUGCCGGCUAUAGCAUGGGAGACAUCAUACUUGAUGCGGAGAUGGUUGCGUAUUCUGAUGAGCGGCAUAGAAUAGAAGAGUUUUGGCACAUACGUGGCAUAAUAUCGCGCACUGCUGAGGGUGCCCGGGCGGGCGGAUAUCGAAGGAGUGAGACCCAGCAUAAUUCGCACACACAAGACUCUUGCCCUUCACUUCAUUCGAAUUCAACAACGGCAUCCACUUUGCAUCUCGCACUCGUUUUCUUUGAUGUCUUGCAGGUGGGCGCAGCUUCCAUGUUGAAUGCUCCAUAUUGUAUGCGCCGGUCACUACUUGAGAGUAUCAUCACCCCAGUUCCAGGGCGUUCUAUGUUGGCCGAGCGGACAGUUAUCAUAGACGGACGAAUACAAGAGGCUGAAGGACAAAAGAGACUGAGGGAAACAUGGGCUAAAUGUAUCACGGAACACGAGGAAGGGCUGGUACUCAAAGCUUCAGAUAGCACCUAUGGAGAUUGGAAACUCCCUUGGGUCAAGCUGAAAAAGGAUUAUGUCCCUGGGUAUGGUGACACUAUAGACCUUGUCGUAAUUGCUGCUGCUUGGGAGAAAGACAGAGCUAGAGAGCUGAGAGUGUCGCCAUCAACUCUGACUACAUUCUACAUUGCCGUCCUAAGCAACUCGUCGCAAAUUAACAUCGAUCCUGGUUGCAAACCUCACUUUGUUGCAUACUUCACUGCCUCAUAUGGUUUAUCUCGCGAGCAGCUUGAGGAAUUCAAUUUCUGGAUACGCGCAGAUGCGGUCGAUGGACCCAAGCCGUCUAUUGGUGAAUUGUGCUACACGUACACCAUGUCCCAAACGCUGCCAAGGCCAUCUGUGUUCGUUCGAAACCCGAUUCUAGUAGAGUUAUGUGGCGCGGGGUUCACCAAGGCGCCACAGAAUAAGUACUACGAGCUCCGUUUUCCACGCAUCACGAAACCCUUCCGUCCGUCUGAGAGGUCCUACAUGGAGUGCCUCACCCUCAGAGGCCUGCGGGCUAUAGCUCUCGAGACGGUUGGGCUGGAGGCCCAUGAUGCCGAGAAGUAUCAGGACCUGGAUGAAUGGGGCAGAGAGUUGUGGGGGAAGCUGGGAGACAAAACUGUCGAGGAGCAAAGACGAGAGCUCAAAAGACAACGGUCCAUUGCAUGUUGGGAAGAGAAGCUGGAAACCAUUGAUCGUGAAAGGAGUAGGAAGAGAAGGAAACUUGAGGAGGAUCUGGAGAUGUCCCUAUAGCCGGUUUAUGUAUUGUACAUAUGCAUUAUCUACGGCGAUCACAUGUAACAAUCGACUGAGGUUUAACGUUUAUCAUAUAUGCCGC